UCUCUCCCUCUCUCUCUCUCCUCUUUCUUUCUGUUCCUUAGAUUUCACGGGUUUCGAUCUGUGUCCAUCUGUGUCUCUAUAUCUUGGCUUCACAUUACUAAAGAUAUCAAUUUUAUUUUAAAUAUAUUUUAAAAUACCUAAAGAAUACAGCUUUUGCAUUUUUUUUAAUUUUCUAGGCUGUCAGGAAUUCUAUGAUCUUUGUUAUUUUUGAAAAUUUUCAUUGUGUUUUUCGGUUUUCUUUCGAAAAUCUAUGCAAUUCCACGUUGCUAAAAUAUUCUUCACUUUCUGAUCAAAUGGUUUCCGAUUUAUUGUUUUCUGGGUCGGAUCAUGAGUUGACUUUCUUGAUUGCAUCCAGUUCUUAAAAAUUCACUAUCAAAUAUCGAAACUUCAAUUUUUUUUUUUUUUUUUGGAUGCUUAGUUAUCGGUUUUUGAUUAAUGGGUUCUUGUUUUCGUGUUAAAUAUCGAUGAAAGAUCCUCUCUUUCUUGAUAUUUAUAGUUGAAUAUAGAUCUUUGAUAGCACGGUUUCUCUCCAUGGAUAUGAAUGGAAAGGAUGUUAAAAAUCAUAAAAAUAAUACUAACAUUGUGAAUAGUGUGGAGUCUCCAAAGGUGAUUUUGAAUGAGGAAAUUGAAGGAGAUGACGAAUCACGGACAUUGUUGCCAUCCAAGAAAGGUGGGCUGUCCAAAAACAAAGGGAAACCUAGGAGGAAAGUGCAGUGGUUGGAUAAGAAUGGGGAUAAGCUAGCUGAGGUUUUGGAAUUUCAACCUAGUGAUAUGAGUGACUCAAACGAGGAAGAUUCAGAUUCUUGCAUCUGUAGAAUAAUGUAGAUCAUAUCACUAGAACAUCUUCUUGGUAGUUAUCUUGGAUCAGUCAGAAGUUAAUCUUCUAUGACUCUCAUACUGAAGAUAAAGCUGAAAUAUUUCAGCCUAGUGGAUCUCUUUCUCUUACGACUCAUUUUCUUGUUACGACACCAUUUUGUGGUAUUCUGAAGGAGUCGGAAUUAACAAUACCAAAUCUACUUUUAGUUCGAGAUAUUCGGUGUUUGGAGCAUAUCAAUUCUGUUACUUCGUGCCAAAAUGCAGAUAUAGACCAUUGCAGCUUCCUCGAAAGUCGGAGCAUUCCUUCCGUCUUUCAUUUCAAAUAUCAGUAAUGUGUAUAUGUAUAGUACUCACAGAGCAUUCGAAGUGCUUCUAUAUUGUAAUGUUUUCACCUCAUUUCUGCUACUUUUUGUUGUUGGUUCUUGUCGUCUUUAUCGAACAGAAAUGGAUCAGGAUUGUACAAUGUCAAAAAUUCUUCAUGAUAUCAGUAUCUAGCAAUGACACAGUUUUUUCUUUUUC